AAAUUUAACCUAAUUUGAACAUUUGUUAAAAAAAUUCUCCCCUUUUUCUUUUUUUUUUCUUUCUUCGUUUAUAAUUAUGUCGUGCUCAAAAAUUUUGUUAGGAGAUUUACCCGAAUUAACAAGUGAUAUUUUAGAAUAUCUUCGAGAUGAUAUUCCAACUUUACGUUCAUGCAUUUUAUUAUGGAAAGACCCAUUUUCAAUGAAAUAUCCUAAAAACUUUCGCUUUAUUGAUAUUUACUUACAAAGAUUAAACGAACAAGACAAAGCAAAAUUAAGUGAAUAUGGAGUUAAUAAGAAUUUAUUUCUUUCAAAUUCAUUAUUUAAUUAUUCCAUGUUUAUUAAAAAUUUAAAUACGCAAACCAUUUGUUUCUCUAUCGUAAAUUGGAUUAAGAUUAACAAAGUAAUUACCUGCUCAGCAGGAUUUAUUUUUUUAUUAUUAAUU